UCGGGGCCUGCACAAUUUUGGUGACGUCACAAUCACUUUAUUUUUACGCUGGUCCACGAUGUGCGCUGAGUCGGUCUCGGUGUUUAGUGGGGAGACAGUGUCGGGAACUAGUUUUGGAAUAUUUGCAGUAUCAGUAUGCAAUUGUCCAUAGAGUUUCACGGUAGUGUGGGGUUGGCUAUCGUGUUGGAUUUAGUAAUUCUGGUCCAGGCGGGCAGUGUCAUUAAUGUUGGCAGUCAUUUUCAUGGGAACGAGUGGAGCUAUGAAGGAGAACACGGUCCCAGUCACUGGCACGCGGUGUUCCCGACCUGUGGUGGGGACAGUCAGUCUCCUAUCCACAUUGAGACUCACAGGGUGUUCGUCAAUCAGAGCUUGACAGACUUUGAGAUGGAGGGAUAUGAUCAGGUCCAAAACCUAAACAUGAGCCUGAAAAAUAAUGGGCACACAGUCCAGGUCGAUCUGAUUGGAGUGCAGCCGCUGUUACGAGGAGGGGGUUUGUCCGGGGACUUUAAAGUCGCUCAGUUUCACUUCCACUGGGGAGCCACGGAUGACAGGGGUUCAGAACACGCCCUGGACAACAGACGGUUCCCCAUGGAGAUGCACAUCGUCCACCACUCCACGCAUUACAGCGAUCUGUCUGAAGCCAUGGAUAAAACACAAGGUCUCAAAGUCCUAGGCUUCUUCUUCGAGAUUGGCGAAGAGAACGCACAGUUUGAGAAAAUAAUUUCCCACUUCAAAGAAGUCGCCCAUAAAGACGACCACGUGGGGAUUGAGUCUAUUCCCCUUCGUUCCCUCCUUCCCUCUGACCUGAGUACUUACUAUCGAUACGGAGGGAGUCUGACCACUCCGCCGUGUUACGAGACCGUCAUCUGGACCGUGUUCAAAGAGACCAUCAAGAUCUCUAGACGACAGCUUGACAUCUUCCGCCACGAAGUGAAACAGAAUUACCCAACUGAUCCGGAUAUUGAUUUAGCCGACGACUUCCGGCCAAUUCAACCUCUGAACCAUAGGAAUAUUUACACUAGUAACAUUAAUGGGAGAUCCGAUCCCCAGCAGGUCUCCAGCCCCGACCCACUUAACUCGGCCACUGUGACACGGUUCUCUUUGUUCCAUGUAACUCUUUUAUCUAUUAUAGCCUUCGUCAUUCUUUGAGAUCUUUACAACGAUCUAGUUACACAAUGAUAUUAUUCCCUGUAUGUAUAAAACUAUGUAUUUCUCACUCACGUCCUGAUAUAUAUAUAAAGCAGUACAUAAUUCUUUUUACAGUUACCUCCCUUGCAUCAUUUGUGUAUCACUAUGUAAUAAGAAAUCACGCAUUUUAAAUUUUUUUUGUUACGUUAGUAGAACCAGUGUCCUUUAGAAUGCAGUGUGACACAUUGACACUUCAAUAGCAAAUCAAUUACUGCGUAACCAGAAAAAUGCACGUUGUUUAAUCGAUAUCAUGCAAAUUGAUCACUCAUAUUUGACUAAGUAAAUAUAUUAUAUGUGACUUUAUGUACAUGUAUUAAUUCUACUGUUUGCUUCGGAAUACCAUUAAUCAAAACUCUUUAUGUUCCAACUGUGAUAUGAUAUGUACAUUUCAUUUCCAAUCUAGCUGUCGAGUGGUUGUUGUCGUCUUAAAUUCGUCAUGCAAACCGACAACGGAAUGUUUUUAUAGAACGUCAAAUUUCUGAUAUUUGUUUUAUUUGUACAAGCAUAAUCAUUGUGGACUUCCUAUAUUUCUCUGUGAAUCACGUUAAACAUAAUCAUUGUAGAUUCUCUAUAUUUCUCUGUGAAUCACGUUAUAUAUAAUCAUUGUGGACUUUCUAUAUUUCUCUGUGAAUCACGUUAUAUAUAAUCAUUGUGGACUUUCUAUAGUUCUCUGUGAAUCACGUUAUAUAUAAUCAUUGUGGACUUUCUAUAGUUCUCUGUGAAUCACGUUAUAUAUAAUCAUUGUGGACUUUCUAUAUUUCUCUGUGAAUCACGUUAUAUAUAAUCAUUGUAGAUUCUCUAUAGUUCUCUGUGAAUCACGUUAUAUAUAAUCAUUGUAGAUUCUCUAUAUUUCUCUGUGAAUCACGUUAUAUAUAAUCAUUGUGGACUUCCUAUAUUUCUCUGUGAAUCACGUUAAACAUAAUCAUUGUGGAUUCUCUAUAGUUCUCUGUGAAUCACGUUAUAUAUAAUCAUUGUGGACUUUCUAUAUUUCUCUGUGAAUCACGUUAUAUAUAAUCAUUGUGGAUUCUCUAUAGUUCUCUGUGAAUCACGUUAUAUAUAAUCAUUGUGGACGGUCUAUAGUUCUCUGUGAAUCACGUUAGAUAUUUGUCACAGUUUGUUUCUAAUUUGUUAUGUCUUUUAUGUAAAUUGUCGGAGACAAUGAAAGCAACAAAUACAUUAUGAUAUAUUUCCUAUUGUUUUGCUGUAAAACAAAUUAACAAUGUAAUUAACAAUUAAUGUAAUUAACAAUGUAAUCAACGAUGUGAUUAAUGAUGUAAUACCAGAUCAAUUUGCCAAUCAAUACCGGUAACGUGUGGUACGUGUUAAAUGUACAGAAAAUGUAUAAAUAUUGAAAAUGUAACAUUAAAACAUUAAAAAAUGAAGCAAUAUCAAAGUGGACUACUUUAAUAAAAAUAUCAGUCGACAUUGAUCUCAGCAAUAGAUUCAUUGUCGCUAAUUGUAGCAGGGUGUUAUUUCUUAUUAUUCAAGGUUUGUCUUGAGGACAGACCACACUGCUAUAGAGAAACUGUGAAGGAGUUUGAUUUUGAAUUUCAAUGAAAUAUCGAAUACAUGUAUUACACUUUCUGUACAUUUUGUAUCUUUGUUGAUCAUUCGAAACGUUUAUCUAGAAUACAAAUUUACAAACGA